CAUUUCUAAUCAGCUCGAUGGUCGGAGGCCGACUUAAUAAGCGAUCGUUCUUGUUGUGAAUACUCUAAAUACCUAUUUUCAAACAAAGAAGUAUUUCGUUACCAAUAUAGUCGAGUGGUUGCGCUUACGUCGCUUGAGUCGGCGUCGUUUAAUUAUUCCAAAAAUCCACUUGACUUGCACAGAAGAGUGUAAACUCUUUGCGUAGGCAAACGAAGAAGGAGCCAUUUACAAGAAACAUUACGUUAGAGCGAAAAUCACUGAAGAGAUCAGUCAAUAUAGAGCCUGUAUACAAUAUUUAACAGGAUAUUUUCUAUAUUUAUGAGCGAACAGAAGAAAAGAAAAAAGUGCUGCAAGAACUUGCUGCUAUGUGUAUAUGAAUGAUUCAUUAAUAACGGAACUACCAACAACAAUCCAAAAAGUUUCUCGAAGUUUUAACGAUAGUAACUAUCUGCUGUAGAAGUGCUCUUAAACGGACAAUUAGCUGCAGUGAAGUUGUGGUGGGAGAAGCAGAAGUGGUAUCUUUGCGAUAGCAAAGGAGCAAGGAAAGCAAAAGAUAGAAAAAGAUAGAGAGAGCAAAAAAGAGAAAAAAACAGAAGAUAGAAGAAAAGAAAGAGAAGGAAACGGACCUUCGCGAGUUCAACAGAGAAGCAGCAACGUAGAACCGAUUUAGCAUAUUUUGUUUAGGGAGGGAUAACGCCAAGGGAUAAGGACAGUUAGUUGAGUAGCAAGAAGAGAGUUGGAAUAAAGAAAGAAUAACACUUGAAGAGAAAGAUAAAUACAAUUUUCUUUCGAGACUAAUCUUUUCAAAAUGGAUAAGAAUAAUUUGGAUAUACCUGAUGGAAACACUUUUGAUGAGGACGCUAUUGCAAAGAAGACACGAUGGCGCAAUCUCGUGGCUUUCUGGAUUCUGGGUCUGUGUAACAAUUAUGGCUACGUCGUGAUGCUCAGCGCAGCUCAUGAUAUCCUUGCUAUCAAGUUCGGUGACAAGGAUACCACAUCACAGACAAAUAGCACAAAUACGACAGGGAUGCGCACGUGCAAUACAGUUUCAACCGGUGCCACUUUGGCAGAUAUUCUACCAGCGCUGGCGAUUAAGUUGACGGCACCAUUUUUGCCGUUUCUAGUACAUGCUCGACUGGCUACCUGUGUGUUAUUUUCCGCUGCAGGAUUUCUCAUGGUAUCGUUGGGUACUGUUGAAUGGCUCGCCAUUCUGGGUGUCGUCAUAACAUCGAUCUCCUCCGGUUUGGGUGAAGUCACAUUGCUUAGUUAUAGUAAUCAGUUUUCCAAGUAAGUACAUUGCAAAUCACUUGUUUAACGUUAUUUAUAUUAUAACAUUAAGUAUUUAUGGUAGAUGCUUAUCUUUUGGUUCAUCAUUGCUUAUUAAAUUUGAAAUUGAUAUACAGGGUGGGUCAAUAACUAUUAGGACC